UCACACUCACAAUCAUUACAAGAAAAAAUGAAAAGGGGCUGAUCGAAAAAAGGUUUCGGCUGAAGCAGAGCUUAUAGAUGCCGAAAUGUGGGAACAUAUGGCUGUGGGAACAUAUGGCUGUGGUAACAUAGUGCUGUGGGAACAUAAGCACGCCCCUGUAUAAACCUACUUGUCUAUGGGGUGACUGGAUAGUGAUCUCCAUACUUUAGUCUGCAGAGCAGACAAUGGGGCUGAGAUUGUGCUGGUGACCCACAGCACAACACAACUAAUGCAAGGGACAGAAAGGCCAUCAAAAGGUCACAGGUGAUUAGAUAGCAGGAACUCUGCUGACAUCACCUCAUAUCAUCCCCUACUUAAUCACAACUUUUGUCGUUCUCCAUUUGCAUUGUUCCUCCAAAAGGUCUCUGGUCUUAUCUCAGGGCAUGAUGAAGAUGAAGAGUGGAAGUAAGCUGAGGUCCUUUCUGAGAUGCUGAGGUCUAUAAAAGGGUUCACACUGUUCAGAAAUAACACAAAGGAAACAGGUACAUCAAGCCAUUUCCAGUCUUUGACACUUUCAGUGUCUUUUUAUCCUCACCAUGUGGAAGGCUGCAAUGUUGACUGUGGGCUUGUUGGUGGCGUUGAUAGACAGGGUGCACUCUGAUGAUGGCAAUCCCUCUUUCUAUGGGGUAAAACUGUGCGGAAGAGAGUUCAUACGAGCUGUCAUCUUCACCUGUGGUGGUUCUCGAUGGAAAAGAAGCGUAGGAGACUCAGUUCUUAUGGGAGAAGAGGCCUUUAACCCAUGGCACACAAAUCCCAUCCCUCAACUAACCAGUGAACAGGAUCCUGCAGAGUCCCAGACAUGGAAAGAUCAUACACCAAAUGUGGCUGCUGGAUUCUACCGCUCAGCUCGCUCACCGAUCUCAGAGGAGGUGUUGGAGGCUCUGCGGAGUGCAGACAGGAAAGGACGGGAUGUAGUUGUUGGACUUUCCAAUGCAUGCUGCAAGUGGGGCUGUAGCAAAGGUGAAAUCAGCUCUUUGUGCUGAAACUUUAUUGUAAAUGAUAUAAUUUAUAAUAUAUCUUGACAAGUCACUACAGAACAGAUCUACUAUUUUUCAAUGUAAUUCAAUAAUUUUGUCAUGCUUAAGUUUCUUAGGCAUCCAUGUCUCAUCCAAUUGUUAUUGAAUAUAUUGUUA